CUCUCCUGGCUGACUUUCCUUCUACCUAGAACGCAGUCCCCUGCCCGAGUCACGCUUGGAGUGACGUCCGUCCUCACCAUAGUAACUGUUCUGACCAUGUCCAAUAACGCUAUGCCCAAGGUACAAACUUUUCACUUUUAAUGUUACAGAAGCUUAAAUAUUAAGAAGGAUCAUAAAAUAGGACCAAUGGGGUAAAUGUGCUCCAUGGGACCCUAAUUCGUAUUACUGCAGCUUUCAUUCUGGGAGCUAAAGUGUGACAGGAAAAAAUUAACAACUAAAUGCCACUUGUAUUUCUCGGCACUAAAAUUUAGCACGAUCUUUCUUAUGUGGUAUGUAAAGACAGGGUCCACGAAUGACCAACUUCACAUGGGACGAACCUAGCUAAUGCCAAGCUAGAACAAUAAAUUUUGCUUAAUUAGUUUAGGUUCGUCACAAGUGAAGUUCGAUGUCUGACCCUGGACCAAUGAUACAUAUUGAAAACUGAGUUGACAUUCAGGUUCAGAAUUAAAUAUGUUUAAAGAAUUAUUUCUUCAGGGGAGCUUCGUUGUUCACCGAAUGGCUACUCAAGUAGAUUAAGGCCUGGGUCUUUACAGAUUUCUCAGAAUUUUAUAAGGGGAAUGGUGUAAGCUAUCCCAUGACUAGCAACAUGCCACUUUUUAAAACCGACCCUUUUAAGAAUAGCUUUAUUAUCUUUUCAUGUUUUAAAGCAACUAACUUAUAGGUUAGAGUUUUCGAAUUUCGCAGCUUGUAUUUCGAUAACUUUUUUUAGCAUCUCAUCUCUUGUUAGGUUAUCUAUUCCUUUUAAUUAAGAUAGAUUAGUUAAUGUUUAGAUCUAUAAUUUAAUUCUUGUAACGUAAAUACGCAAUUUAGUUUUCGAACUGCUUGAUUUACGAAUUAAUAAACUUCAAACUUCAAACUUAAGGCUAAUCAUAACCAAGAAAUCCUCCAAUUUCAUUUUAAAAAUUAAUUUUUAACUGCAUCAGACUUGAUCAACCACGCUCUAUUUUAUUGAGGAAUCAUUUGCGUCGAAAUGCCCACUGGACAGAGGGCAAACCGCUUUCCUUAUGUAGGUCCAAAAAUCAGCUAAUAAUACUCUUCUUGCAAAAACAGUCGGAGUGCCGAUGAUGAAGUCAAUUUUAGUUAGAGGAGAACUGGCACUAGUCAAUGAACACCAAUUGCAGCUGUCAAUUGUAACGCUUCGAACCAUUCCAAGCCGCUAAAUUCGCAGACACUUUGCAACAGAGAAAGUGGUGGGAAUCGUUGGUUACAAUUUUUGAACACUGGAGGGCGUAGUCGAUUACAUGACCAAGUAAUUUGGAUUUCUUUAAUCAAGGUUUUUUAAAGUUUAGUUUACUUUACCAUCUAUCAUUCCUCGUGGAUGUCUUUAACAAUAGUUUUUGGAAAAUGUGCAUAAAAAGCAUAAAUGAGUUAGACCCAGGCCUUAAUCUACUUGAUUAUAAACGCAUUCCCAGGUUAAAUAAUUCAAAGGGAAAAGUCUGCAUCGAAUAACCAUGACCACUUAAAUUUGCCGACUUUACAGAAAACCCAGGGAUUAGAGAGUCUAGAAUCAGAAACCCGGAGGGUUUCGAACGACUGGGACCGGGAUUUUAAAUUUUGGAACAAUUUUAAGUAUACGUCCCCUUGGGAGUGUUUAUUCUUAGCAUAUAUAGUAUUCUGUCUUGUCAGUAAACUUUACUAAAGAAAUUUUACAAGACUUACUUCACUGAUAGCAGUGAAAAAUACAUUGCCGCUAACUUAAUAGUUACUGUGACAGCAACAAAUAUUUUCAUUAUUUUUCCAGGUGAAUUACGUGAAAGCUAUCGACAAGUACUUGAUCGUGUGUUUUUUGUUCGUAUUCUGUUCUUUGGUGGAGUACGCCAUUGUGCUCCUUCUUGAUCGAGGAAAACGAAACUUUGAAAAACAGAAGAAAGAAACUAGGAACCUUGUGGAGAAGGUAAUUUGUGUAUGUUUCUACUGUGCAACCAACUUUCCACAAGUACAGAUUAUGUAGUUCCGCGAAUCGUUUAAACUUGACUCCAAGGAUAGCCUCCGUAAUUAGCUGGCGAACAGAGCUGCGGAGCCGCCUCUUCUCAAGGCUUUACCUGAACAAAAGCCAGGGUCGGCCAGGGUUUUUGGGUAUACAGUAUAUUUGGGUAUUUAAUUUCAGGUAUACAGUAUUUUUAUGCUUACAAUUGGGUAAAAAGUAUUCCCUCACGACCAAUUUGGAUAUAAAGUAUACCGACAGUUUUUCGCAAUUUUGGUAUUUUACACCAGUUUUAGUGUAAUUUUUGGUAUAUACUGGAAGGUUUAUUUCGGGUAUUUUGGUAUUCCACUACUCUCCCUGGCCGACCCUGAAAAGCAAAAAUGGCACCCGCGGAAUGAAGCUGUCGCGCGCUAUAAAUCCUGGUAGCUACGCAAGCUAUUCCAAGGAUAGCCCACAUAACAGCCUAAACAACAAACCGCACUUGCAAGUAUACACUAGUGUGUUGAAGCAGUUGUAGGACUAUUCUUAGAAGGGGAAUUAUUUUUAGCGGUUUGCAUGUUUAAGCCAUCUUUUUUUCAGAGAUAGAUCCUUAGUAUUUUGUACUUAAAAUAUGCAGCUUUUUUGCAAGUGUACUUGGCGGUUAUUGCAGUAAAAGGAAUGUGUCCUUUUUGACUGUUCCAUUCCGUCGUUUCUAUCAGUUUUCUUGUUGCCGUUUCACGGUCUUCAUCCAUUUUUCUUUUUAGUUAAGCGAUUGUUUUUCAAUGGUUCCCCUCCCCGCGGGUAUCCAUACACUUAAGCGUUUUCCACUAAAUUAUAAAAUGACAUAAGCAUCUUCACAGGAGCACCCAACGUCAAUUUUCGGAAAAUAUCUGUUCGGAAGACGAUUUGAGAUCUAGAAUUUUCGGAACAUUUGUUGUAAAAUUUCUUGCUUGCCUGCCUCUCCUAAGAUUUUCGAACAUCUAAAAAAUGGUAUAAUUACCCUUUUUUUAACGGAUUUUUACCCUAAAAAGGUCACCUAGAAUUUUCGGGAGCCUUUUUUCUGGCUGAAAUUUUCGAAAAGGUAAGUUUUGAUAUAAUUUUCCGAAUCACUAAACUUUCAGCUAGGAAAUCCGAACAGAUGAAAAAGUUUUAGGGGAUAAAAAUAUGCCUAUAUCUACCGUUUAAAUACUAAAAUACGUUCAACAAUGCUAUGUUUUAGUGGUUUUGAACUAUAUUCUCGUUGGGUGCCCCUGUCUUCAUCCAAACAACCGCUGUUAUAUAUCUCCCAGACUACAAAACACAGAAAACAGCCCGUGCGUAGGCAUCAAGAACGAGCGAGCGUUUGAGUCCUGGAACGAGUGUAGGCUAACGCACUUCGCGCCUUGAAAAACCAAUUUUGAAGAAAAAAAGUUUUUCAUUUUACAAAUUACAUUUCUACACUUUUAUCAUUUCAGAUAACUAGUGGCCUGGCUCAAUUUAAUGGUAACAUUAAACAUAGACACUCUGCUAUCAUUUUGGAUGACAGAGAGCUUCGAAAGCUACUCCACAACGGAGAAACCAAGUCAACGGACCAAAAGGGCGACGAAUACGCUGAAAGCAUCUUAGAAGCCAGUGAUUCCAAGCAAGCCUGUAGUUUGAGUAAAGUGGGACAAAGAUGGAACGGUGUUCGAGAAAUUGUUUACCGGGAAACGUUUAUUGUUGGUGUAGAUGCGUUUUCUCUUAAAUUAUUUUCCUUUGUUUUCUUUACUUACAACUUUUACUACUGGGUGACAAUUUUCUACUAUCCUAAUUGUUUGAUCUAG